UCCCAAGGCCGUGCAGAACUAAUGAACACAUUCGCUAAAAUGGUGGUGGGACUUGGUACGGCAGCCUCAUCGAUUCAUAAGGAUCUCUAUAAGAUUGUUCGAAAUCUAUUCAACGAUCGCGUUAUGUCGGUUCGAGUGGCUGCGAUCAAUGUGAGUGGAUUUAGUUCAACAAUUUUUUGGUACUUUCGGUGA